AUGCCAUCCUUUAGUACUUCAACCACCUAUCCAAUUGGCUCGACCACGAGUUCACCAUUUGGUGCCUUUAUUUCCACCAGAAUUUGGGACUACAACUUCCCCUGCUCCUCUUUUGGCACUACUCAAUCCUUUUAUCAAUAUACUCCAACAACAGCUAGCACCAAUCUCUUUGCACCUCGAUAUACUCCUACAGCAGUGGAUGAAGGAGGGUUUGAUUGUAAUAUUAUUUCUAUAUCGGCUAUGCCCGCAUAUGAGAAUAAAAGCCACGAAGAAUUAAGAUGGGAGGACUACCAGCGGCAGGGGCAUAAAGGAAUUGGGACUUCAAGUACCCCAACACCUAGUUUUAACUUUGGUCAACAUGCUUCUACAACAGGAAUUGGGACUUCAAGUACCUCAACACCUAGUUUUAAAUUUGGUCAACUUGCUUCUACAACAGGAAUUGGGACUUCAAGUACCCCAACACCUAGUUUUAGCUUUGUUCAACAUGCUUCUACAACAGGAGCUCCCAAUUUUGCUGGCCAGAAUGGCCAUGGUGCUUCAGUCUUUGGAGCUACAGCUGGUAUUUCCAACGCUUCUUUAACAUUUGGUCUACCGCCUUGCAUUUCAACAAAUACAUGUUGCUUGCACUCCCCUGGGUCUUUCCCACCUGCCUCUGUCCAUGCUUUUGGUCCUGGAGGAGCAACUCAUGCACAUGCCACAAAUGAAGCUUGGAGACAAAGUUCUAUCCCUUCUGCUCACUCAAACAUUAUUAGUAUAUCUGUGCCACUGGUGGGAUAUGGACAGAAUUCGUUUCCGGGCAUCAUGUUGAUACUCUAUCCAGUGGUUUACAAUGGCCAAACAACUGCUAGUUUUUCCGUACUUCCUUUGUCAGCAUUUUCCUUUUCCAUGGCAAACUGUUCUCAUUCAUUAGCAGCAGGGCCAAAUGGCCAAGUGGUUGACUGCAAAUUGAUCUGGAACCAGAAUCAGAACCAGUCCUAAUAUUUUGAUAAUUUCUUUCAACUUCCAAGACCGGUAAAUACGACUUUGUGCACAUGAAUUCUUGUCAACAUGUGCUCCCCCGAAGUUUCUGAUAUACACUUGUUUCUGUUUGCUUACAGCACAUGGCCUUGUUACAUAAAUGGAGAACUGAGCCAGUCAAAUUAUGCGAACCAUUGUCUAUAACCAUGAUCAAAUGUCAUAAAUAAUUUUAAAUUUGAUACAUUUUUUUCUUUAAACUUGGAUGGGUAGCCUAACUAUACUUAAAACCAAUUAUAUACAACUAGAGCCUUUCUACUUUUUCUUUGAUAGUUGAAAACAGAAAAUCUGAAACAUUGGCGUUUAGAAACGAAUAUUUCACAAACGGAUCGAGAGAAGGAAUAAGCAUAACAUGGAAAGUAGUUUCAUUUUUGGUUUGAAAGAAAGCCUUUUUUUCUACAAAGUGCUGUUCAUCUUUUCUUUUUUCCCCUUCUUUUUCUUAAGAUAUAUAGAACCCAAAUAAUAGAGUAAUGAAUCCACUUCACACAUUAAUGGAGACGUCACAUCACUUGUGGGAAUGUUUGGAAUUUUGUAUUUGUUGGUAAAGCUAAGAGAUUGGUAAAAUAGUGCUGAAAGUUUAAUAAGAAAAGGGGCAGUCCUAUCCCAACCCUAUUUCUAGAACAGAGGGCACAAUGCAAGCAUGUGGUCAGACGUCCCUUGAAAAAGCUACAAGACUAGACUCCUAAUCGUUUUAAGGUUUGUCACAUCAACAAAGUGGCAAUAAACCAAGAAAAUAAAAAUGAUUUGGGAUAAAAUUGUUUUCUAGUAGACGAUAUCA